UCCACAUGCGCACAGUGUGAAAUGUAAAUGAAUUUGUUUAGCGCAAACGUUGGCGUAGUUUAAGUUGUUUGUGGUGCGUCAUAGCUCGAACCAGCUUACCCAGCAGUGAGGAAUUGCCCAAAAAUCAGCAUGAGCAGCCGAAGUUCUUACAAUCAAAAAAAGAAGAAGGAAGCCCUUCGACGGCUCUCAUCCCAGGGUGGUCCUCGAGGAAUAAGAACACCCAGAGCAACCCCUGAUGAGUUACAAACGCAGGGAAGAAGUUCAAGAUCAGUAAGACGUCAGAGAGACUUGAUGGAGGCUGAGGAACAUCAUUCAGGACGUGGGCUCUUCAGCGGACGUAGAGUCAUUGCCACUGAUUCCCCUUCAUCAGGCACCCACCUAGUCAUCCAAGCAAAUUUAGGAGCUCAGUCAUCGGGUACCGAUACCCCUGAUACAGACCCAGAUACACCCAGGAGGGUAGUCACAUCCCAGACAACCUUACAGCCUAAUGUAAAAGGUCCAUUACUAUUUAGUAAGACUUCUGAAUUGUCCUCAAGUUCAGCAUCUGAUGGGACAUUGGCUGGAGCUGGUGUCAGCGGUGGGAUGUUUGGGUCCCCACAAAAAUCUUCCAAUGAAUCAGGGGUACAUGUAUCUGAGGCUAGAAAUCAGUUCCAAAGCUCACCUGCCAGAAAGAGUCUAUUUCAGACCGAGUCCAGCAACCUAUUUCCCUUCAGACCCGCGUUUGGGAGUGCUUCCACCCGUGUCCUCCAAACCUCAAACAAAGGAACUGACUCAGCUGGGAGUAGGUUUGGACAGGCCUUUACAAAAGACUCUGUGGCAGAAGGCCCCAGUGAGGUAUCUUCUCCGAAUUCCUCACCAGCUGAGGUUCCUGGAUCCCUUGUUAAAAGCCAAGAAGCUGCACCAGGAUUGGAUUCAGUGACCAGAAACCUCUUUGGCAAAGCAUCUGCUAAGACCACAGAUCCAUAUCCUCCCCUCUUUGGCAAAUCAUCAAUAAAAUCUGAACAGAUGUCCACAUCCCCAACCAAAGUUCAUUUUCGAAGAGAAGUGCCCAUAGAAGGAGAAACCAAACCUCACAGCAAGGUGCUGUUUGGCAAAGUCAAAGAGCCAUCAAGUCAUCAUGAGCGUAGUGAUGUUUCAUCAAAGAGGCAGCUUUCCCCAGGUCGAUCAGAGGCUGCCUCUAAACGAACUCUUACAUCCUUUGACGACCCUUUUUCAUCUGCCUCAAGCGAUAUAACAGAUCUGGAGACAUUUGGAGCCGACACAAUCAAGAGAGAUUCCAAACAAAAGAAACCAGUCAUAAAGAGAUCAGGUCUGUUUGGGAAAGCCAUAGCAGAAGCCAGUGGGAAAAGUCUUGACUCACUCCGAGAGGCUGAUCAAAGGGGUAGCCAUGCAUCGAGCAGGGAGUCUCAUCAAAGUCAUAGCCACAGCCCAGAGAGAAAACGAAGAAGUCCAGACAGGCCUCAGGAAGAUGAAAGGAAGAGAUCAAGAGAUGAAAGCAAGCCAGCCCGACGGUCAUCAUCUUCUAGUUCAGCUUCCCGACGCUUGGCUAGCCCAGAUGAGAUCAAGCACCUACAGGCUAUCAUCAUCAAGGGGGUUCCACCAAUGGUCAAUAACCGAGUCUAUAUCAAGGAGUUCUUCUCUGAAUAUGGCCCCGUUACCCGUGUCUACACCAAUCCUGCUAAGCACUCAGCCACUGUUUAUUUUGCGAAUCAUGAUUCAGCAGCCUAUGCUAAGAAGAAGGUGAGAGUCUUAAAACGAGGCACUAAGCCGGUCACUAUCUUCUGGAGGCAAGGCGAUCAAGGGUCUAAGUCUGAGAACAGGCAGUCUCAGGAUGACCAAAAGGUACCCUCAACAAGACGUGAUGUGAUCAAGCAGACCAAUGUGAGGCAGUCCCUAGCUCCAUUCAACCGUAAGAUAGAGACCAAAGUCAACCCUGAAGACGGUAGUAGCAUUGUCACACAAGGUAGUAGUACUAUCUCGUCAGCUGGCCGUCCAAAAAUGACAAAUCUGUCAGUUCCUGGCCAUUUACUGAGCAAGCAGGUUGGAUUGACUGCACAGGAGAGAUAUGAUAUUCUAGAAGACAGAGAUAAGAUCAUCAGACAAGGUCUGAAGAAGAAGUCCAACUUGGCAUUCCUAGCAGCCAUUAAGGGAACGUGUCCAGAUAUGUGUCCAGAGAAGGAACGCUAUAUGAGGGUUGUCCAACGCAGACUACAUCCUUAUGAAGUCUUGCAAGGAACAUCAGACAAGGUUAAUCAUGAAACUGCCGUUAAAGAGUACAGCAGGUCAUCUGCCGAUCAGGAGGAGCCAUUACCCCAUGAGAUGAGGCCAGCCCCUGUCCUGACUUUGACAAUGAACUAUCUAAUGCGUCACGUUAUGAACAUGGGGCGUGAUGGCCAUUGGGAGGGAUGGUUUGACUUUCUUUGGAGUCGUACCCGUGGGAUUCGUAAGGACAUUACGCAGCAGGAUCUAUAUGAUCUGACGGCCAUUGAUCUGAUGGAGAAAUGUGCAAGGUUUCACAUAUUCUGCUCUCAUCGGUUAUGUGAGGAGGACCGAAGCACCAUAGAUCCCAAGAUCAACAACGAGAACCUGACUAAAUGCAUGCAAUCACUCAAGCAGUUCUACCAUGACUUGGCUAGUGAGGGGGUUGUGUGUCCCAAUGAAGCUGAGUUCAGGGCUUAUGAUGUGCUGCUUAAUCUCAAUGAUAGGGACAUCCUCAGGUAAGUGGCUUCACAUUUGUAUCCU